AUGACUGCGCAUAGCGUUAGCAUUAUUUCUACAAUGGGUGCUGGUUUUGCCGCUGUUGAUUUAGAAAAAACAUAUGAUCCAAUGCUUGAAACUAAUAAACUAUUGGAAAGACGUGAUAUAUUAAAAGAAAAUUGUUUAACAGAAAUAAGUCUAUCUGAACUUGAAUUGUUACUUGAUAUUAUUAAUCCAGGAGAUGCAACGGUAUUAAAACAAGACAUGAUCAAUAUUAUCGGGGAAAAAUUAUAUGAAAAAUAUUGUGCACAAAUAGUUACAUUAAAAAUGUAUGAAGAUAGUUUACGUACACGUCGAAUUAAUCAUUAA